AUGAUCAAAUUAGAUUUAAAUGAUAAUGAUGAUGAUGAUGAAGUUGAGAUCAUGAAAAGUAAAAAAAAAUUAUCAAAUAUAUUUGAUGAUGAGGAUGGCGAUAAUAAUUCGAUGGAGGAUUCAAAGACUCGUUUAAUUUAUAAACCAAAACAAAAUAAAAAACAAGAAGAAGAUUUAUCCCGAAAAUCGUCAUCCUCAUCAAACUCUUCGGGAUCCAAAUUAAGUGUUUUCAUUGCGCUUGCAGUUAAUGUAUAUAAAUUUGAAAAUUCGCAAUAUUCUUAUGUUGGAAAAUUUGGCCUUGCCCUCUGUGGAAAUGAUCAAGAAUCCUUAUAUCGAAUUAUUUUAUAUACGGCCAAAAAUCAGACCAUCUGUUCGGCUACAAUAACAGAAAAUUUUCCUUUUCUUUGUCAACAAAAGAAUUAUUGCCUUAUUCAGGAUGACCAACGGCAAAAAUGGUCCAUAUUGUUUGAAAAUCAUUCCGAUGUAUGUCAAUUUUGUCGAAAUCUUGCUCAUUGUCUGUUUUCUGUUCGAUUCAUUAAACAUAAUGAUAAUGGUGACAUUUCAGUAAAACAGCCAUUAGGUUUCCACGAACCACUCAGUGAUGAUUGGAGCAAAAAAUUCGAAUGUUCGAAUACUUUGAUCUGUUUUCGAUUAGAAAUUGUUGCAUUCGAGCACAAUUGUUCUUUACAUUCGAAUCCUAAAGGUCGUCUUAUUUUGCUUAAUGAAUCUGUACAUCGAUGUAAAUUAGAAGAUGAUAAUCGGGAAUUAUUCAAAUGGAUUUGUAAGAAUCCGGGUGAUCGUUUUUAUAUACUCAUACCUUACUCACAGCUUGAUUAUUAUCGAAAAAUCAUUCCGAUCGAAAAACUUUCUAAACAAAAACCAGAAAAUAAAAUCUGGAAAAUAGCCAUUGAAAUCGAAAUGAUUGGUUUCGAAAAAGUUGAACCAACAAAUCUAGAAUCUAGUCUUGAACCAUCAUCAUCUGAAACUUUUGAAACAAAAGAUAAAAAUGUAGAUUUAGCAACAAAAAUGUCGCGAAUCGGAGCUAUGCCUAUUUUUCCAUUGAUUCAACAAGUUAAAAAUACUGUCGACGUUCAACGAACAACUAUUAAAGAAGUUGAAGAAAACGACAAUAGUGAUUCACAGCAUAAUCCAGGUAGAUCAAUAGUUGAUUCUUUAAAUGAUUUUCAAAAUUUUUUGGAAACUAAAUUUGAUUUGGUUGCUAAAAAUUUUGAUGACUUGAAGCAUCGAAUCGACAUGAGCGAAAAAUCAAAAAAUAGCAAUGUUUUACAACAUACUAAUCUGACACUAGAUUCGACCAUUUUAAUGAAUUCAAUACAGAAAAUUAUUGAUGAAAAUCAUAAACUCAAAUUGGAAAUUGAAGAGCGAAAAUCGGAAACGGCUCGUAUGCAACAAAAACUUUUUCAGAUGAUCGAUCGUGGUGAUACAGGUUGUUCUUCGCCACCGAAUGCUGAAUUAAUUUUAAAAUUAAAAGAAGAAAUUGUUGAUCUCAAAGAUCGAAUCCAUAAAAUCAAGGAAGAAAACUACCGAACCAUACAAAAUAACAAUCCGGCACCUAGGCCACGUGCUCGAAAUCAAAUGAAACAAUUAUUUCUUGAUAUUCAUGAACGAUUCAGUCGCCAUCCUAAGCUAGAAUGUUUAUCUGAACAAGAUCGACAACUUGUUGAUGAUGUCUUUGCCGAAGUAUUGGCAGCACAACUCGAAUCAAAUGAUCCAUUUAAUGUCCAUAAUCAUAAUCAAAAUGAUGGCGAACAUGAACAGCCAAAACAAAAACCAACUAUCCAAUAGAGAUUUUCAUAAUAAUAAAAAAUAUAUAUCUUGUCUAAUUCCAAAUGUAAUUAUUCAUCUGAAUGGUACUUCCUCUUAUGAAUUUUU